CUCGCUCUGCUUUCCCCGUGUUCACCUGUUGCGAGGCUCGUGCACUAUACUCGCGAUGUUUUGAAGGCCGCCUGUAGGUGGAGUCAGGAAAACAUCUGGUGAUCCGCGCGCUCUCUGUCGACACGUCCAAUCUAAUCCGCAGCACCGGACAGCGGGCGCAAGGCGUCAGGGAUAAGACCCCGACGCCUCCGAAACGAGUCAACGGUGUGACAUCAGAAAGUGUACGGUCUGUAUGAACACCCCGUAACGUACAAGACCGACUGGGAGGCAACCACGGAGUGCACUAAUGAAGACAUAAAUAAGAAGGGAUGAAGUCAUCUCCUGGGCUUUAUGGCCAGCAAACAUCACCAAUGAAUGCAGUGAUCGAUCAAUCCACCGUUCAAGAGGCCUCGAUGGUGGAGGAAUCGGUCUCGCUUGCUCUCGGCCGUAUGCGCAGAAUGUCGCGGGAAAGGUGUGGAAAGAGGCAGGCUGAGAUCUAUUAAUACGGACAGACCCAUUGAUCAUUCAGCUCAGCUCAGCUUCUUUGCCCAUCAGUGCAGUGCCUGGUUAAUAUUGCCCACCGGACCGCUGGCAUCGGGCUAUGGGCGCACCGUACAGAACGCGACGUUUUAAGAGCUAUUUGUUUGAUAAAUAAAUGACAUUGGUGUCUCUCUCGCGUGUCAUGCUGGUGGACCCUCCACCGUCACGCGCAGCGCCUCGGCUCCUGGACAUAAACUGAAAUACGGUGCAAUGUGUUCGUUUUGGAAAUUCAAUAAGGUGCGCAAUAAAACACCGUGUGAGUGCCGCGAAGCAUCGGACAGGCUCGCAAUCCACGCCGUGGCCUGUGCGUGAAACGCGCCGAGAAUGGAGAAGUUCCUUCAGAUAGCGCCCCAUUCCCUGGCCAUAGUGCUGUCGCGGGUCAGCGUGGAGGAGGCGGCCACGGUCACGGAGAAGCUUCAGCACCAUCACACCGGCUAUGAGAUAUUCGCCGACUUCAAAGCGGAGAACAUGCAGCACUUCUGGAAUAAGAAAGUCACGGACGCCAUAUCGGAGACCUUCUUCUUGGGCUGGAUAGAUGAACAUGUUCUGCUCAUUCAAGGCAAGGAGGAUCAUCUGGAGGUCCUGAGGGAAGGAUGGACACGGAGAGCCCUCAAACCACCGCGGGGCUUCGAGAUCAAGUGCAUAGGCGAUGUAUCUCCAAUCAGUAUGUCACCCAUCAGUCAGUCUCAGUUCAUCCCACUGGGAGAGAUUCUGUGUCUGGCCAUCUCAGCCAUGAACUCUGCCCGAAAGCCUGUCACACAAGAUGCGCUGAUGGAGCACCUUGCCACCUGCUUCCCAGGUGUACCCACCCCAAGUCCAGAGAUCCUGCGGCACACGCUGAACAUGUUGGUACGGGAGAGAAAGAUCUACCCUACACCAGAAGGUUACUUCAUUGUUACUCCUCAGACCUACUUCAUCACCCCAUCCCUUAUUCGCACCAACAGCAAGUGGUACCACCUGGAUGAGCGGCAUCCAGAGCGACAGCAGCAGCAACAACAACAACAGCAGCAGCAGCAGCAACAGCCACCACCUCAACAGCAAUGCACAUCACCACAAUCUGGAACCAUCACUCCCUCCACCUCUGGCUGCGUACGAGAAAGGCCUAACCCUAAGAACCACUGCGACUCCUAUAAUGCCUACCGUGAUGAGGUGCCCACCAUUCAUACCUCAACAAUUCAAAGAAAAUCCCCGAAAGAACCCAAAGGAGAUCCCCCUUCAUACCUACAACCCCCACCGCCUCCAUCUGCCAUUCAGCAUCCACCUGACCCCACUGACAAGAACAAGAGCAUGACUGCCACCUUCUCUUACAAGACAGACACACUAACCAAGAAGAAGGAGGGGAGUGGUGGGGGCAGCAGUGAGAGGCAGUCUAAGAAGUUUGGGUUAAAACUGUUCCGCUUGAGCUUGAAAAAGGACAAGACCAAACAGCUGGCCAACUUUUCAGCACAGUUCCCUCCAGAGGAGUGGCCCUUGAGGGAUGAGGAUACACCGUCUGCUGCAGCGAUCCCUCGUGAGGUGGAGAUGGAGAUCAUCCGCCGCAUUAACCCAGACCUGACGGUGGAGAACGUGGCCCGUCACACAGCUGUCAUGAAGCGACUAGAAGAGGAACGAGCUCAACGAUGCAAGGCCAACUCCUCAGCACAGCACAGUGCCCGCAGUCGCCGGAGCCGAGGCCACCGGCGUGUGCCACAUGGGAAGUCACGUUCACACAGCAAGACGCGAGCUUCUCGGGGAGACCCCUCUGAGGGCUCCAAUCUGGACCUGCCAGCAGUUAGCCUGGAGAGGGACUACCGUUUUUUCAGUCACUCUCUGGUACGAUCACCAAGAGAGGGAAUGUACACAGUUGAACGCAGAAUUGGUGGUGCCUACCUUGUCCACAGCAACCCCAACAUUGCUGAGUCACACUUUCCUGUCACCCCAGAAUGGGAUGUUUCAGGGGAGCUUGCAAAGAGGCGGACAGAGAUGCCUUUCCCUGAGCCUUCACGUGGAACGUCACAUUCUAAAGUGCACCGGAGCCACAGCCACACUCAGGAUCGCAAGUCACGCAAUGAGCGGCCCGAUAAGGCUAAAGAGCGAUCGCGUUCUAUGGACAACUCCAAGGGCCCGCUGGGAGGUGGGAGCUCCACGCUUGGCACGGCUGAGGAUUAUGACCGCAGUCCUGAUGACAGAAGCCGCUACUAUACCGAUGAUGGGACACUGAGGGCCUCCUCUCAAAAGGCCCCGCACUACUCAUGCAUCAUGUUUUCUUCUGCCAAGUUCAGCUCUGAAAUGUCUGUAUCUGAUAUGGGCAAAAUGAGUCUGGAUGAAUCAAGGCUCUGCAGCCCUCUAGAACGAAACAAAAGCAGGGACAGUCUCCCAGCCUACAGUGACCUGAAGGCCUUGUCGCCAAAGCCUUUGGCUGAUGACUACUUACAGUGCAAUACAUCGAAUGAAACGAUCCUUACUGCCCCACUGCCUCUGGGCAAAUCUGACCAUGACACUUUAACCCCAUCUGAUGGAAUCCGCAAGGGCUCUCCAGCUGACCAGCAGACGCCUCACCUCACCUCUCCUUACCCCUUGGAGUACAAAGAGGACUCCUCCAUCAAGGGACACAAUGGUUCUGGCAAACCCACACCGAGCCAGACUCCUGAGCCUAUACCCAAUGGACGUUUGAUACAGCACCAACACAACACUGACCCAGGGGGCGGGGGAGGUGGUGGUAGCACUGGUAGCGGUGUGGACAAGAGGAAAGAGAUUUUUAGUAAGGACACUUUGUUCAAACCGCCACACAAUGUUUUGACUGUGAGCUAUGUGGACAGUGGCUACUCAAAGUCGGGCACUUUGCGUAAGACUCCGCACAUGAAAUCAUCCGAGGUCCUUGACGCUCUGGAGACCCAGCAGCUACCACACUCCACCCCUUUGCCUGCAUCUGCCCCGGCACCUACAGGCACAGAACAGGUUGCUCCCUCCACAUCUGAAGCUGCUUUUGACUAUUACAACGUGUCAGAUGAUGACGAUGAGGAGGAGGCAGAGGAGACCUCCCAUAAAGAGGCCGCCCCAACAGAAGCAAAGGGGCGGGCAGGGGCUGGAGACGGUGGUGGAGGCGGCGGGACCAUGCAGUGGUUGCUUGAAAGGGAGAAAGAGCGGGAUUUACAGCAGAAGUUUGAGAACAACUUGACUCUGCUUAGUCCUAAGGAGAGCGAGAAUAAUAACAGCCAGAAGUCGGCUCACUCGGCACGGCUGGACAGCAUGGACAGCAGUAGUGUGACUGUAGACAGUGGGUUUAACUCGCCUCGCACACGGGAAAGCCUGGCGUCCAACACCUCGAGCAUUGUGGAGAGUAACCGGCGACAGAAUCCGGCCCUAAGUCCAGGCCACAUGGGUACCACCAGCAUCGGCCCCCCAUUUAGCUUCCGUGCAAUCCCGGAGCCCCCUACGACACAACCUGAGAAACUGCAGAAAUCCCCCAACUGCCUUGCCUCCAUCACCAGUGUCUGACAUGGGCCCAACUGGGUUGACGUAGGGUCAGGGUGAUCUGCAAUGUUGGGGUGCCCAAGUGCAGGAGGUUGGGUGACUCGCUCCAUCAAGCACCUUGACUACAUGGGGACUGUUAAACCUACAGGCAUGGCUUCCAGAGACUGUUCCCACAGCAUAAAUGGUCACUGCAAAAAAAAAAAAAGAAAGAAAGAAAAAAAAAAAGAGAAAAACAUGAAAAAGGAAAUUUCUCAUCAUAGGAUUAUUUACCCUAACAAGCAAUUAAUCAGGAAAUUCUCCGGUCGGAAUCAACCGUUAUUUUUCAAAACAGGCUUGAAGUAACUGGUAAUUUAACAAUGUUUUUGUUUUCAAGAGUAUUUUUGUCAGCCACAGAUUAGAGAUCAUCCAGCCGGUGGAUUAAGAAAUAGAUGCUGAUGUGCAGGUCAGAGGUGUUAUCAGAGAUUUGUGAUAUUGGUAUGCAGUACAAGUUAAAAAAUGAGGCGUAAAAGCCCUAAUCUGAGCAACAUUUAAUUCAUGGUUCAUAAAAUUGUAUAAUAUUCCUAAAAAAUCAAUCCAUCUGUCAUGACACUGUUAGCUUCAUUGGUGACAAUAAGAAUCAUACUCACAUGCUUAAUAAAACAAUACAUAGACUGAAUUAGUGGAAAAAAGGAUCUCAUUCUGAAAUGAAGGGAAACAAGGACUAUUUAUUGAUUUACUACUUUUUUAUUUUUACCCAAACAUAUUGUGCAUACAAUUACUUUGUAUGCAACUUUACACUGAGUAAUGGAUUUACCUGUUUCAUUAAAGUUCAUAUUUAAUCUCAGGUCAUGAAUAGUUAACUCUCCUAAGAAGAGGUAAAAACAUCUGUAAUCAUGUUUCUGUGGAUCGUUUUACCAGUCUUUGUUUCUUAAGGGAAUAAAACACUAUCUGUAGAUAAAAAAAGAAAGGAUUUGAAUUGAAUUUUCGUCUCCAUUUAAUUCAAAUGUAGAUUAUUUUUUAUUGUUAUUCCCUUUUGAAAUAAAAACAGGUGUGUGUUUUAUGCCGGUGUGAAUCUGAUACUUAGUCUCAUGAACAAGGAUACUUGUGGAUGUCACUGUUGGUUUGAAAACAUGCUUGUCUUCUGUGUAGCUUGAUGGCUUUAUUUAUUGUCAUGAGAGAAGGAAGGUGUUGGAAAUCGCAGUGGCAGGAACAGGGGUGUUGCGUCCAAAACACUCCAAGGAAAGGUCAUACAGUUCUCUUCCUUUGGGCCAGUGGGAUUCAGAGACUUGGCCCUUUUGCUGCUCCGAUAAAAAUCUUGCUUUUUAAAGAUUUUCUUACUUGAGUUGAAUCCAGACCACUAUGGCAUUUUAUUUUCAACCUUUUUAUUUGCUUCGUUGUUUUCCUUGGGAAUUGAGCUGGUUUUGAUCAUUACUCAAAUCAUGUCCCUGACCUCUGUGGAAAAUAUGGUCACCAGAGGAUGUGGUAAAAAAUUUUGCCCCAGCCAACACAUGAUAUGUAUAUUCACAAUCUUCACAAACUUUUCACGGUUUCAAUAAAUGCUUAUUUUAGGUUGGAACGACUUAUUCAGUGAAAAUAUGUACAAAUAAUUUGCUCUGCUGUUAUUUAUCAUUCCUUUCGAAUGACACAGUUGAAUAGAUUACAUCAGAUUUUGACCUGCCAUGUGGAAUAUACAGUAAGUCUCAGAUCCAUGAGCGGAGGCUCAUUUCAAAGAUUGAAUUAAACCAUUAAAUUACUUGCUUUGAACAUUUGGACUAUUGCUUUAAAUGUUGGGACUGCCAUCUCAAGAAAGCUCCAGAAUUAACAUGUCCUUUUUGGCAGUGACUCUGUGAGAUUUUGGAAAGAGAGCAGGGCUCAUGUUGCAUCCAUUGGUGCUAUUAUGUGGUGAUCCUCCCUUUUUAUCUUUUAUUCGUUUCUUUGCUCAUACCCUCCAGAGUUUUGUUGCUUUAUGAAGAGUGUUCAGGUGGAUAUCCUGUAGUGGGACUUAUCGUUUUGAAUCAAAGACAUGAACCACUUUCAACUCACUCCCUCUCGCUUGACUAUUAUCCACACACACCUGCAGUCAGCCAUGCAAACUACCCCAAACCCCACAUACAUGCACAUAACUAGCUACCUCCACCAACUGUGUAACAACAAGGUAGGGACGUGUACAGAUUUGGAUUCUUUGCCUGUGGAACACAGCGCUAUCAGCCUCUUCUCUGUGAAUGUUGACAAGGAGCGGCGGACAUUGUAAUUAAGUGGACUAAUUCUAAAGUAAUCAGUAUUAAGUGCUGUAGUUUCAACUCAAUUUAUUCUCAGUUUUUAACAGAAGUGUCUUUUACUUAUUUGCAAGUUGUGUAUAAAUCUGUCUAGCACCACAUCAACAAAACAUUUCCAAUGUUAUGUUUUCCCUCCAGUUUGUGUAUGAAGCCAUUUUCAGUUCUCUGCUGUCCCCUUUACAUGGAUAUUUGUUUAUCUGCAUUCAUUAUUUCAAGCCCGGUGAGUAACCAUAACUCUAGUUGGUUAAAAAUGCAUAUACAUGGUAAUCAAGGGACUACAUUCUGUAUUAUAUAUAAGCACCUCAUUGGCUAUUUUGACAUGGAAUAUUUAGCCUACAUCUGCCUUCUAUUUUUUGGCAGUACUGUUUACAAUAGUAUUGUUUUCAGCGUCCCACCUAAUAUUUGAGAGGUCAGUGGUAAAGGUCCGAACAGCCUCUUAGACCCUGUAGUUGGAAGUGGGAUGACGAUUGUGGAUAGGUAAGAACCUCAUAUAUUAAAUGGUAAUUUUACAUCAUUGUUAGAAACCAGAGAGCAACAUUAGGCAGAGCAAGCGCCUCAUAACGUCUGCUCUAUAAAUAGAUGCUUUCUCAAACCAUUGCAACGGAACUUUACUUAAAACAACGAUUUAAGUCCAGAAGCAUAUUUCACUUCAGUGAUCAAAACACCUCUGCAGAAUCACUUUAAUCACUUUUGGAUGUUUUUUGUUGGACAGUACAAACACAUGGCCUCAUUUACUUAACAGGCUCUGUCAGAGGAUGCAUUUUCGAUAUCUGUCACAUUUUGUGAAAUUUACUUUUAAUUUGAACCCCCUCCUUUGUCUGGUGCACCUUAUUAUUAUUAUUUUUUUCUCAUUAGUUUUUGAUAGAUUAAAGGGAGUAAUGCAGCCAAGACUGCCUUGUAAAAAAAAACAUGUUUGCACUGAAAUGCCUGGCCUCUGGUUGCUGUUAAGUCCAUCCAAGACGGAUGCUUUGUUUAUAUUGUAAAAUAUUUCAUAUGAAAUAAAAAUGACCAUGAAAUGUCUUCCCUUAACAUUAUGGAUUUUAGAACCACGUCAGACAACAUUGUUUCUAAAUGGUGACAGUGUACAGUAUCAUACUGUAAAUGAAUCAAUCUGCCAUGCUUAGUAUAACUUCAGAACAAAACUGAAAGAUAUGAGGGAUCUUUUUGUAAUGUCUAUAAUAUUUGAAAAGAAGUCCCUAUUUGUGUAGUAAUGGUGUUUCAUCGUUGUGGUAGUGUAUGUGAUAAACCCAGUUGGGAGAUUGUGUUACUUUUUCAGACAAUAAAAGAACAUGUUUGGUUA